GAAGUACCGAGAGGCACACAUUGAACCUACCCGAGCACCCUCUCAGGAGUGCGAGCAGGAUCCAGUAAGCUGAGAAUGUCAGAUACUCCAGCAACCACCUUUGGGGGCAGGCGAGCAGUCCCACCCAAUAACUCCAAUGCAGCAGAAGCUGACCUCCCGACUGAGGAGCUCCAGGGCCUGGUGCCCAGGGGUGUCAACCUGCAAGAUUACCUGAAUGUCACAGCUGUUCACCUGUUCAAGGAAAGAUGGGACAGCAACAAGAUUGAUCACCACACAGAGAAAUACGACAACAACAACUUGAUUGUCCGCCGAGGGCAGUCUUUCUACGUCCAGAUCGACUUCAAUCGUCCAUAUGACCCCAGGAAGGAUCUCUUCAGAGUGGAAUAUGUCAUUGGUCGCUACCCUCAGGAGAACAAGGGCACCUACAUCCCGGUGCCUGUAGUGAGGGAACUGCAAAGCAAAAAGUGGGGGGCCAAGGUUAUCAUGAACGAAGACAGGUCUGUGCGGCUUUCCAUCCAGUCUUCCCCGGAAUGCAUCGUGGGGAAAUUCCGCAUGUAUGUUGCAGUCUGGACACCGUAUGGCAUCCUGCGCACCCGCAGAAACCCAGAGACAGAUACAUACAUUCUCUUCAACCCUUGGUGUGAAGAGGAUGCUGUGUAUCUGGAUGAUGAGAAAGAGAGAGAAGAGUAUGUCCUGAAUGACAUCGGAGUGAUAUUUUAUGGGGACUUCAAUGACAUCAAGAGCAGAAGCUGGAGCUAUGGCCAGUUUGAGGAUGGCAUCCUGGAUGCUUGCUUGUAUGUGAUGGACAAAGCCCAGAUGGACCUUUCUGGCAGAGGGAACCCCAUCAAAGUCAGCCGCGUUGGGUCUGCGAUGGUGAAUGCCAAGGAUGAUGAAGGUGUUAUUGUUGGAUCGUGGGACAAUGUCUACGCCUAUGGCAUCCCGCCAUCAGCCUGGACAGGAAGUGUUGACAUUCUGCUAGAAUACAAGAGCUCUGAAACGCCAGUCCGAUAUGGCCAGUGCUGGGUUUUUGCUGGUGUCUUUAACACAUUUCUAAGAUGUCUUGGAAUCCCGGCGCGAGUCAUUACCAAUUAUUUCUCAGCCCAUGACAAUGAUGCCAAUUUGCAAAUGGACAUCUUCCUGGAAGAAGAUGGGAAUGUGAGCACCAAACUCACCAAGGAUUCAGUGUGGAACUACCACUGCUGGAAUGAGGCUUGGAUGACGAGGCCUGAUCUUCCUGUUGGAUUUGGAGGCUGGCAAGUUGUGGACAGCACACCCCAGGAAAACAGUGAUGGCAUGUACCGCUGUGGCCCUGCCUCCGUUCAAGCCAUUAAGCAUGGCCACGUCUGCUUCCAGUUUGAUGCCCCAUUUGUUUUUGCAGAGGUCAACAGCGAUCUUGUUUACAUCACCUCCAAGAAAGAUGGCACUCAUGUGGUAGAAGCCGUGGAUGCCACCCAUAUUGGGAAGUUAAUUGUGACCAAAGAAAUUGGAGGAGAUGGCAUGCAGGAUAUUACUGAUACUUACAAAUUUCAAGAAGGUCAAGAAGAAGAGAGACUGGCCCUUGAAACUGCCCUGAUGUAUGGAGCCAAAAAAACCCUCAACACCGAAGGUGUUUUUAAAUCAAGGUCUGAUGUGGACAUGGAUUUUGAAGUGGAAAACGCUGUGCUGGGGAAAGACUUCAAGGUUACCAUCACCUUCCGGAACAAUAGCUCCAACCUCUACAAUGUCUCGGCCUAUCUUUCUGGGAACAUCACCUUUUACACUGGAGUCUCCAAGACAGAAUUCAAGAAGGAAGCCUUUGAAGUGACACUGGAUCCCUCAACCUCCAACAAAACGGAGGUACUGGUCAGAGCGGGCGAGUAUAUGAGCCACCUUCUGGAGCAGGGCCUCCUGCACUUCUUCAUCACAGCACGCAUCAACGAGAGCAGGGAUGUCUUGGCCAAGCAGAAGUCCAUAGUGCUGACUGUCCCCAAGGUCAUCAUCAAGGUCCGAGGCACGGCCAUGCUUGGCUCUGAUAUGGUUGUGACUGUUGAGUUUACUAAUCCUUUAAAAGAAACACUGAAAAAUGUCUGGAUUCACUUGGAUGGUCCUGGAGUAAUGAGACCCAAGAGGAGGAUGUUCCGUGAAAUCCAUCCCAACAGCACUGUGCAGUGGGAAGAAGUCUGUCGGCCUUGGGUCUCUGGCCCUCGGAAGCUGAUUGCCAGCAUGACCAGUGACUCCCUGAGACAUGUGUAUGGAGAGCUGGAUCUGCAUAUUCAAAGACGACCUACCAUGUAAAUGCUCAGGAGGCUGAGGUGGACCUAGGCACAUGGCCUAUUACAGUCUUGGCUAUGGAAAUUCUAAUGAAAAAAAAAAAAAAAGCUAGCUCUUGCUUUAAUUUGGGUGUAAAGACUGAGACAGAUCCCACCAUGAGGAUGCUAUGGAUUUCGUAGACAUGCCUUUCCAAACCCAAGCCAUUGGACAGGGGAGUUAUUUUGAAUUGUUCUACCUUCCAAAGGAUCGGAGCAUUAGCUUUAAUUAAGCUAUAAUUAAGCCUUCAUGGCUCAUAAGAGUAAAAGUCAUCAUUUAUCAUUGCAAAUGGCUACGGCUACACAUAUCAGAGGACUUCCCUUGAGUAGGGGGAAUGUGCCCAAUACCUGGCCUCAAUUAAGAUUUCUGAUUCCCCACUCAGUCUUUUGGGGAUAACCCACUUUCCCAAAGGAAAGGAAGUACAUGACUGGGAUCCUUAAAAUUCUAUUCCCCUUUCUUUGAAUCAGGUUGCACCCUCUGCGUUAAAAAAAUUUUUUUUCCAGGAAUUAAGCACGGCAUCAUUUUUCUUCUCGGCAAAGCCAGAGAUAGGUCUUUCAUCUUGCACCUGCAGCCAAGGAACUGCCUGCCAAAUUUCACAGAUUACCUUGUGAGAAGAUGUGGCCCCACAUUAACAAAUUGCAUUUAUGAGGAACUUAAUCACCUAAGAGGAGAUAAGGAAGCAGGUGCGGUGCUCAGAUCUAUUAAAUAAUAUACUUUACGGUGCAUUUUAUGGGCAUCACACUGUGGCCUGAUCAGCAAGAAUGGAUAACCCUUACUUUAACCCUUUCUGGAGCUGAGAACUAGAAAGUGAGGGUGCUGAUUUGGGAUUGGAGAGAUGAGGAAUUAGUGUUCCUACUUGGUGAUCAUGCUUCACCUGUCUCUCUGAGAGCAUCACCUUCACACAAUGACACAGGCGAAAAGAAAAGAAAAUCUGAGAAACUAGCAGAGUCAGUGGUUAGACAUGUGCAAGAUCAAAGAGAUUCUGAUUCUUCCUUUUCCUUCAUAUUUCCUAUACCAAGCCCUUGCCUGACUCCUUGGAUGCUAAUAGCUAACAUGGACGCAGCCUUGCGAGUAGCCAGCAUUAUUAUUGACCCAGGGACAGAGGGCACCAAAAUCCGUUGCCUUAUGUGCCAAGGCUCCAACAGACAAGAUUACUGGUGUCUAUUUGUAACGCAGAUUUAUAGUUAGAAUUUCCCAUUGAAAUGUCCUGGGUGUGAUUUAAGUCAAGUGACUGUGAUUCUUAGCUAGAAAAAGAGAAAAAUACACAGUGGGAAGGAAGGUAUGGGAGAAAGCGUAACGGAAUGUGCUAAUCUGUAGCUAUGCUCAGGUUUACUUCUAAACCUUUGAGAGGCUCCUGAGCAGUGAGUCCUAACCCCCAAGGGUCAACAGAUCGUCUCUAUAAGCAUAACUCCAUGAAGUCAUCUCCAAGCAUUAGCAUCUAAUUCCAAAUGAAAUGCAUUUUGCUAGACUUUAAAACAGCUUAACUUGGUAUGUUGUUAUUAAUGAGAGUGUAAUAGAUGCCUAUAAUAAAGUUAAUCUGAUUACA